GAUGUCUCCGUGCAGGCCCCGCAUGGAUGGGAGCCACGCGUUCUAAAAAUGAAUUGAUCAUACUACGCUGUUUGUUUUUCCCCUGCGCAUCACCGCAUCGGCUCCUAGGAGUUCAUGCCGUUCGGCUCCGGCUCCGGCUCAACACGCACAAGCGCACGCAGGCUCAAUCUCCUAUCACCGCCAUACCACUUCGUUCCUCCCACUGUCCCACACGCGCUCGCUGCCGUCUCCCGCCUACCUCGGUUCUAGGGCCCCACGUGAACUCGGCGACGCGCGUUCCAGUCCUCUCCGCUGUACAGGUGGAUCAUGGAUUUGUUGACAGUCCACAAAUACAGAAAGCCGACCUGAGCGUUUGUGUUCCAAAAUAGUUUGAACUUGAUCCAAACAGAAUGUUUAAAGCAUUGUUAGCAUGUCCCAACGUCGAAAAUCAAGCUGUCAGUGGUCAUCGGUCACGAUUCACGAACGUCGCGGGACCACACAGAUCACUCGCCUCGCCAUAUCACAGACCGACGUACGUCGUUGGCGGCGCUCAUGAGACUCACGUCGUUGACUCAUGGCCAUGCCGCGCGAGCCUAGCCGGAGCCGCGUUCUCGUCGCCUAGGAGCCAGCCGAAGCGCUAAAGGAAAAAAAAAAGAAAAGAAAUACCGUAAGGGAGCCAUGUCUCGUCUCACUGCCUGAUCAAUUUUUAGGACGCCUGGCUUUCGUCCGCGCUGGGCCUGCUUUCAUCCUCGGCCCUCCCUGCUUUCCUCCACCGCCCGCCGCCACGGCGUUCCCCGGCAAGCGGACCGCCGCAGCCAGCCAGCCCGCCCUGCGCCACGCGGCGCCCGCUGCCUCUGCUUCUCACGUUGCGUUGCCUCGCCUCGCCUCGCCGCAGUGCGCGGACGGUCCGUCGGUCGCGAGGAGUCAUGCCGGCGACCGCGGAUCCGAGGGCGGAGCCGCCGCCGCCCGCGGCGUCGCACCACCUCAAGCCGUGGGCGCCCCCGUCGCCUCGCACCCACCGCGUGCCUUCUUCCCUCCCGGCCCCAGGCCCUGCAGUUACCGGGGGAGGCGCCGCGCGCGAUCGGCGCCGCUCGUCCUCUUCGUCGCACCGACGUGUCGGCGCCGUGCAGCAGCAGGAGAUGCCCUGUGACGGCCGGGUAAAAGAUCUCCGCGCUAAGCUCAUGGGCCACCUCCGCGACGCCGCCGACCGCCUCCAUCUGCCGCCCCCGUCGUCGCCGCGUAGGCCGCAGCCGCAGCCGCGGUCGCCGGAACCCGAGCCGCCAGCGCCGCCAACGCGGCCGACGCCGUCUCAGAAGGAGGAGGCUACGGCCGCCAGGCCGUGGAACCUGCGUGACCGCAAGUGCCGCCGACCAACGGCGCGCGGGGCGGCCGCGGCCGCGGCACUCGAACUCGACGCGUCUCCCGCGUGGGAGGCCGGGGUGGAGAAGGCUCGGCGGUCCGUGCCCCGAGAGCGCGCGCCGUUCGCCCUGGCGCUGACGGCGGGGGAGGUGGAGGAGGACGUGUACGCGCUGACCGGCGCCCGGCCGCGGCGGCGUCCCCGGAAGCGUCCUCGCGUCGUGCAGCGGCAGCUCGAUUCGCUGUUCCCCGGGCUAUGGCUGACCGAGAUCACCACCGACGUCUACAAGGUCCCCGACGAGUAGCAAAGCCCGCCACCUGCUCCGAGCCUCCAACCCAGCGGCCGUCCAGAUAGUUGUUCACCAUUCUACCCUUGUGUCAUGAGUCGCCAAAAACAUUGAACAUAAUCUGUCUGUAAGUAGGUCUAGUCGAUUUGAGGAUACUAGCUAGGUGCUUGUGUGCGCUCUCUUAUAUGUUCCGUCGCUUGUAACACUUUUUUUCCCUUUAAAGAUCCAAGCAGUGUCCAUCGGUCGUUCUCUCGCUCUAUGGUGGACGGUAGCCAGUGCGGCUGCAUGCUUGUAACCCACUCCGAGAUCCUUAUCACUCGCUGCCUCUGCAACUCUCAAGUUGCACGGUUUCAUGA